GGUUCACGGGGCAUAUUUGGAGAGUGAUUCACAGACUUUCUUUACCGUCCCGUCUGUGCAACCUAUCCUUGUAGACUCUCCUAUACUUCGCACACUUGUGGACAUCGUCAUUGCUUGAACGCCGGCUCUUAUGCAAACGACGACCAGUGACAGGUAAAAACCACGCCUUGUCAGCAAUCAAAGGGAUCCAACUUCAUAGCCUUCUCCGCUUUCUGCCAAGCGUACUCCAAAAGGCCUCUCCACAAAUACCUGGCCUAAUUCGACGCGGGUCAUCAAGACACUUCCUACGACAAUAUGGCGACGAUUAGCGACGUAGAAUCCGGCAAAGGCGGGCUGCCUCUUUCCGACCUUACACUAGUGAGGAGUGAAACAGACGUCCGGCCGAAAUUCGGAGGAGCGACCGAAUACCUGGCCGACGCGCCUCCCUCGUACGCCUCCAUUUUUGAACAGAUCAGGAAGGCUAGAGAAGAAUCGGAAGGGAAUGUGGAGUUCGGGAAGAACGCGUCCACGGCGGUGGCAGGCAGUAAGGGGUGUACAUUUUGCACGGCUGUGCUGAUGGUGGUACCGGCCGCCAUGGUCGCCAUGGGAGCUUUAAGCCUGUAUCUACAAGACUGCCCCAUCGAGCGCAUGAUUCCCAUCUACCUGCUCGUCUUCGGCUGUUUCGCACUGCUGAAGAGUCUCAUCUCUCUGUUUGUGAGGUGUCGGAACCACUGGGACAACGAGAGCGAGAAGAACGCCAGGACGAACCCCGUGGAGGGGCUGAUCUCCUGGUUCCUCUUCGCCUGGUUCAUCGCGGGAAACUACUGGAUCUACUCCGUCUACACCACCGUGAACAUGACCGACCCGGCGGACGCUAACUACUGCCAGCCCAUCCUGUACCAGUUUGCCUUCUGGGUGACCACGGCCAUGUACAUUGUAGUCGGACUUUGCGUUCUGACAGUCUUCUGUUGCUGUUGUACAGUCUGCUGUAUGGUAUCUAAGGGUUCAGACAAGAAAGGAACAGUGUCUUAA